ACACCUAUACGGAAAUAGGGUGUAUUUUUGGAUCAACAUGGCGUCCCAAGAUGGCCGCCACGGGCUCGAGGCCGUUGCGGCCCUGGGGGCCACUGUGACGUUAAAAACUCCAGACAGCCAGCUCCCUCGAUUCCCAGGUGUUUCGCCCAGAGAGAGACUUGACGAACGCAUCAAAGGUGAGACCUGACGAACGCAUCAAAGGUGAACACAGAGAAAUAUACCCAAAAUGCCCGGCAAGACCGAUGUCGCCAGCGCGCCUGUAGCUAGUCAAGCAGACGAGCCUAAGAAGGCCGAGAAGAUCACGUACGAUGUCAAUAUCCCGUACAAGCUAUCGGACGCCGCGGUCCAGGGCACUAGAUACCUAGACUACCUGCCGACGUGGGACGAGAUGUGGUUUGAGCCGCUGGCGCCGUUCGCGUUCUCCGACCCCGGGCUGCGUGUGACAGACAGGACGCUGCCGAACCUGCUCGGGUGGCCCGGCGUGACCGUGACCGACAUCCAGCCGGGCUUCGCGUCUGUCGUCGAGGGGCUGCAGCUCAGCGCGCUGGACGCGGCGGGGCGCGACGAGCUUGCGUACCUCAUAUCCCAGCGCAAGGUGCUCGCGUUCCCGGCCCAGGACCUCAUCGACGCCGGGCCCGCGGCGCAACGCGAGUUCAUGCGCCACUUUGGCAAGCUCAACUACCAGCCCGUCUCGGGCUGCGUCAAGGGCGAGCCCGCGUUCCACGUCAUCCAUCGUCAUGGAAAUAAGGAGGAGAUUGCGAGCUUUCUCGAGCACCAGCCGACUACUACCCUCUGGCACCAGGAUGUUAGCUAUGAGAUCCAGCCCCCCGGCUACGUGCUGCUGGGCAUGCUCGAGGGCCCGGCCGUCGGCGGCGACACGGUCUUUGCCGCCGCCGACGAGGGGUACAACCGCCUCUCGCCCGCCAUGCAGACCUUUAUCGACACGCUAACCGCCGUGCACACGUCGGCCAAGAUGAUCGGCCACGCCAAGGCCGCCGGCCGGCCGUUCCGCAAGGACCCCGUCGAGACGCGCCACCCGAUCGUGCGCGUGCACCCCGUCACGGGCCGCCGCUGCCUGUUCGUGAACAACGAGUUCCUCACCCGCAUCGAAGGGCUCAAGGCCCCCGAGUCGCGCCUCAUCAAUGACUUUCUGGUGAACCAUCUUGUGACCGGCCACGACUUCCAGGCCCGCGUCAAGUGGCAGCCGGGGACUGUUGUCAUGUUUGAUAAUCGCAGCUUGAUUCGUACGUCUCUCUCAUUUGUGUGUGUGUGUGUGUUGUGUGUGUGUGUUGUGUGUGUGUGUGUUGUGUGGGUGUUGUGUGUGUGUGUGUUGUGUGGUGUUUAGCGGUGGUCUGGCUUGUUUUUUUCACGGUCUCUCUGUUUCUUACGUUGUCCUUUCAUUAGAUUUGGAAAGAAUUCACACCCCUCGUGAAUCAACCACCAGAGACAAGAAGCUGACAGGUAUUACCAGACACCGCCUCGGUCGACUAUCUCGACGACGACGGCAACGCCCGCCCGCGCCACAUGUUCCGCUUGUGCGCCAUGGCCGAGAAGCCCAUCCCCGUGUCGCCGUCGGCCGAGUAAGUAGGUAAUUAGUCAACGGGGUGUGGGAGCGGAGAUACCAUGGCAGCGGGCACCGCUUGACGUCUUCACCAAAGGCAGAGGCUGGUCUGGAUUCCGUCUUGUCAGACAAGUAGGCAGGCAGGGAGGUAUGAUAUUGUCAUGAUUUUUUGAAUGUUAUUUUAUUGAAAUA